AUGGAUGAUGACUACAACGCCGAUGAUGAUGAUGACGACGACGACGAUGAGAAUGAAGAUGACUAUAUAUGCUUAGUGUUAUUGCUCCCCUCCUUUUUUGUAAUAAACGCCGCCAACACGUUACCACCAAGUCCCUCAACCGAAACUGCUGUAGAAGCAACCGCAAUCGAUGAUCAAUGUUUUUAUAGCACCAGCCCCAAAAGUGACGCUUUCAUUACACAUUCCCGCCGCCAACGACGACGACGGCAUCAUUCCAUCCAUCAUUAUCAAUAUUAUUCGGCAACAGCAGCAACAUCACCGGCUUCCUUGUCAUCGCCGUCACCGCAACAAUCGCCACAAUCCUCGCCAACACCAUCAUCUGCAGCGCCACCACAACCGCCUGUCCAUUUAGCGUCGUCCAUUAACGGCAACGGUGAAAGUGACGCAGCUGCGGCAGCCACAGCAUCGCAUCUAUCCACAUCAGCCCCACCAUCAUCGCGCAACGUUCUAAUCGGUUUGGAUAAUUUAUUUUCAUCGCUUCUCAUGAAAAUGGAAGUUCUUUCAGUGCAGAAUCACAUUCAAAAGCAAUUUGGCGUAAUCGGUUCAACGAAAGUUAAGAAAGACUGGACUAGUUCUCUUACACCUCCAUCAACGAACAACACCCCAACCACCGACACAUUCAGUCAUCACCAUCACCAAUUCUGUCACAGCCCCAUUGAGGAACACUUUGAUGUGGUUGAUGGUAUUAAACCACAACAGAAUUCACAUUUCUUUGGAAGGUCCCCGGACGGUAGCUCGGGCACCUCCGCCACACAUUUUGGCCAUCAGCAGUCACAUUCAUAUGCAAUGGAAACGGCUACUGCGACUUCACCACCAAAAGGCGGCAUUGAGACACCAAGCGGUGCCCACUAUUCCUACAACAAUAAUCUCCUUUAUUGUGCAUCGAGUAGCAAUGCAUCGACGGCAGCAGCAGUAGGAGCAAUGCCAUCAGCUGUAGCCAGAGGAGCUACAUCAGCAUCAUAUCACCACCACCACCACUAUCCCACCAUUAGCACCAGCACUACCACGAGCAACAACAGAAAUGUUUUUGCGGCUGGCUUUACACCAUCGCCAGCCUCAUCGAAUCUCUCCACACCCACCGAGGCCACCGAACAUUAUGGCAUUGGAGGACACAACGAUAUUGAUGCAGCUGCUGUUAAUGAACUUUCGCAACGUUUGCAGUCGGAAUUACGUGCGGCAAAAAGUCGUCAUUUGUCAUGCACUGAAGUCUCAUUGCCAUGGGAUCUAACGCCACGUAUAGCCGCUGAUAUGAUAAAAACCUCCGAGAGGGAACCUUGCGGGGUGCGAGGUUGUGCUAUUUUCAUCGAUUUUGAAGAUGAGACAGGCAAUGCCAGGCGCAUUGCAUCUUUCAAAAUUGAUCCAAAUACCGUAUCAACAUUUGAAUUGUUUUUAACCUUGAAACAAGACAAGGGCGGCUGGACUUCAUUAUUACCACAAUUUCUCAAAAAUCUAACACGCAGCAGUACCAUACUCAUAAGUCCACAUUUUACAUUAAAUAAACAUAAGCUUUAUGCCUUAGACGCAGACGAAGAAGAAUGAUUUUGAUGAUGAAAAUGAAAAAUGACAAUGAUGAUGUUUUUUUGUGAAAAUGUGGAUAAAGGAUCAGGAUCCUGAAACAAAUGAA